AUGGAGAAAGCAUUCACCUCUUUUAUCUCAACAUGCUUGUUGCUUUACUAUGUUAUGGCUAGUUCAGCCAUGACACAUACCAACAUUACUCCCGAUCAGUUAGCUCUUCUUUCUUUGAAAUCCCAAAUCAUUUCAGACCCCUUUCACUUCUUUGAUGAAAACUGGUUUUCAACUACUUCUGUUUGCCAUUGGGUCGGAGUCACUUGUGGCUCUCGCCACGAGAGAGUUAAGUCCUUGAAUAUUUCCAACAUGGCUCUCACAGGCAAAAUUCCCCCUGAUUUUGGAAACCUCACUUUUCUUGUUUUUCUUGACUUCAGAAGCAACAAUUUCUAUGGCAAUUUGCCUCAAGAAAUGGCACGUUUGCGUAGACUAAAGUUGCUUAAUUUAAGUUUCAACAACUUCAGCGGGCAGGUUCCUGCUUGGUUUGGUUUUUUACACCGGCUUCAAGUUCUAAAUCUUAGGAAUAAUAGUUUAACUGGUUCCAUCCCCUCUUCAUUUUCUAAUAUUUCCAAACUCGAAACCUGGAAUUUGGAUUUCAAUUUCUUAGAUGGUCAUAUCCCAAAAGAGAUUGGAAAUCUUGAAAACCUGAGAUACUUAAAUUUGUUUGGAAACAAACUCACAGGUUCUAUCCCUGUGUCUCUCUCGAAUGCCUCAAUGUUGGAGACUUUAAAACUCUCUCAAAAUUUCCUUCAAGGAAACAUCCCAGAUAGGAUCGGCAAUCUUUACAACCUGAAUGGGUUGUCCAUAGAAGAUAAUCAGCUUACAGGUUCUAUACCAUUUUCAGUUUUCAACAUUUCUAAACUUGAAGUGAUUGCAUUUACAAACAAUAGCUUAUCAGGAAACCUUCCGAAUGGUUUGUGCAAUGGUCUUCCAUUACUCAAAGAACUUCAUUUAUCUUUGAACAAGCUUCGUGGUCAUUUGCCUACAAGCUUGUCAAAUUGCUCAGAACUUCAAAUAUUGUCUUUAUCAUAUAAUGAGUUUGAUGGACCAAUACAUAGUGAAAUUGGAAGAUUGAGUAACUUGCAGACAUUGUAUCUCUCAAAAAACUAUUUCAGUGGGAUUAACAAUCUCAAUGGAUCCUUAUCACAAGAGAUUGGCAACUUAACCAAGAUGCAGUUUCUAUAUCUUAGUCAUAAUAUGUUUACUGGUGAAAUACCCAAUGAGAUAAGCAAUCUCGUUGACUUGGAGUUAUUUGAUAUUGCGUUUAAUAGUUUUAGUGGUUCACUUGCAAUGGAGAUCUUCAACAUAUCAGGGAUGAGAACGGUUAGUCUUUCAGCCAACAAUCUAUCAGGAACUCUACCAUCAAACAUAGGUUCUAUCUUACCCAAUAUUGAAAGUCUUUAUCUAAAUGGUUUGACCAAUCUUGUUGGGACUAUACCUCAUUCAAUCUCCAAUUGUUCAAAACUUACUAUUUUAGGACUUGCUAGCAACAAACUCUCUGGCUUGAUUCCCAGCUCUCUUGGAUAUUUGACUCAUCUGCAGAAACUAAACUUGGCAGGAAACAAUUUAAAGAGCGACUCAUCGUUAAGCUUCUUGACUUCCUUAACAAACUGUAGAGAUUUAACACAUCUUUAUCUAAUUUCGAAUCCUCUAAAUGGCAUGCUUCCACUUUCCAUAGGUAACCUUUCCACAUCACUUACAAGAGUUUUUGCCAAUGAUUGCAAAAUUAAAGGACAAAUUCCAAAUGAAAUUGGGAACUUAACCGCCUUACUAGACAUUAAUUUUUCUGGAAACAACUUGGUUGGAUCGAUUCCCGCAUCAAUUGGAAACCUGAGAAACCUUCAAGGCUUGUUAUUGAGUAACAACAAACUUGCAAGAAUUAUUGAAGAUUAUCUAUGUUAA